UCCAGUGAGCUACCGGGCUUCUUCCCUGUGUGUUUGGAGCUUGUGAGUCACGGUGACACAGCAUCGCGCAGCUCUUCCGCUAAUCUCCGCAGACACCGUGCCUGUCACCGCACAGUCAACCCAGUUUCGCUUUUGUCCUGUGGUAGAAGGACGUUUGCAUUUAAAUCCCUGCGCUGAUAUUUCCUGCAGGGUCGCGUUACGAGGCACCUCAUUACAGCCGGGGCUGCCGUUUUUAAAGCCGUACCGAGGGCUUGGAGCAUUUCGGCUGGACGCAAUGGACCAGCCUAACGCGACGUACGCCGUGAAGCUGUACAUCUACGACCUGUCCAGGGGCAUGGCGCGCCAGCUCAGCCCCAUCAUGCUGGGAAAACAGCUCGACGGGAUAUGGCACACCUCCAUCGUGGUCUACGGAGAGGAGUUCUUCUUCGGAGGAGAAGGAAUAACAGGAUGCUCGCCGGGUGGAACGCUUUUGGGAGAGCCCAACACUAUUGUGGAUCUGGGCAGCACAGAGGUGACUGAGGAAAUUUUUAUGGAGUACCUGUCCUCACUGGGGGAAUCUACGUACAGAGCGGACAGGUAUCGACUGUUUGAGCACAACUGCAACACCUUUACCAACGAGGUGGCGCAGUUCCUGACAGGCCGCAAAAUCCCUGCGUACAUCACAGACCUGCCGUCUGAGGUCCUCUCCACGCCCUUCGGUCAGGCUCUGCGUCCCCUAUUGGAUUCCAUCACCAUUGCCCCCCCAGGGGGAAAUGUGAUCAACGGACAAGACAGCCAGAGAUAGAGUCCCAGACCGUGUCCCUGCUUCCGGAGUGAUAUGUAUAACACAGGACGAGUCUCGGGCUCCUGAGAGCUCUGCAGCCCUGCACCUGGUGACUCUCUUUGUGGUCUCCUCGUACCAGCAAACUCCCUGUCUCACGCCAGCUUAGACUUCAGCUUCUCGCUCUGAUCUUUGGAGAGCCCACCGCCUAAAAUCAUUUUUUUAACAUUAUAACACAGUUGUGAAUAUGCAGUACGUGGCACAUUCACGGUGUUAAACCAGUCUGGCCUUUGAUUUCUGUGACUGUGGACACAUAUUGGGGUGGGGUGGGGUGGGGGGCAGGGGUUCAGGGGUACAUUGACCAGACACCAGCUACAUGGGGUGGGGAGUGUGGGGGCUCACUCUAAAUCUCCGGCUGAAGUCUCACUCCUUAGUCCAGCUUCUUGAAACCGUGGCCUUCUUAUGUCACACAGACCUUUUGAAUGUCAUCGUAUACCUUUGCUUGGCGGUAGGCUCAGGAUUAGCAAGGAGCAAACCUUGGGAACCACGGGGUACCAUUGGGAGCAGAGCUGCAGACCUCUCCUGGGGGUAUUUGGGGGGGGGGGCAUGUAUUUAUAUCAUUACUGUCAUUUCCUUAUUCUAAUCUAUCUUAAGAAACACUCAGCAUCGCAGACCCUCACACACAUUACUGUAAACGACUUCUGCAUUACAGCGCCGUUACAAACACACGUUGUUCUUGUCCUUCUUAUACAAAACGUACCGUAUCUGCAAGCGUGCUGUGCUUGGAGGUCCAGUGCCGGGCUGCGCGUUGGGCUCCGCCCUCUCCUGCAAUCCGCAGCGGCCGGUGGUCUGCGGACGAAACGAACCGGGCACCUUUUGUACGUGUCACAGAUAGGCGUGGAGGGGAACAGACCUGGAAGGAAGAGUGGCUGUGGCCCAGUCACUCGUCGCCACCUGCUGGCCGUUUACGGCGUCUCUAGCCGUCCGAGGCAGCAGUAAUAUAGAUAAUCUUUUAAAUUGGCACCCUGUCCAAUUUGUCCCCUGCCUCGCGGCCGGUGCUUCCUGGCAUCGGCUACACAUUGGCUGCAGUUCUUGUCUACAGGCAUGCUUCUAGAAAACGGUCAGAUUAUUUAUUAAAGUCACUCAAUGACCCUGAUUUAAAGACAAGCAUUUUAGGGCCCUUUUUCUACAUCAGAAUCCUCCAUUUUUAUAUGAAAGGUUGUGGGCAGCUGUGUUUCAUGCCAAAUCUGUCUUUUAUAGGUUUAAUUUGCUUUUCAAUUCAGAGUAAAUGUUGAUUGCCAAAUCUGAUAUGACUACAAUUCACUAGUAGCAAUGCAGAGUUUGUCGGAAAGACUUAAAACGCGACCAAAAGUCGUGACCAAAAGUGUCCUUUACAAAAUGUUGUGUAAUAAUUUGACCAGUAUAAAGUAUGAUGUGCAAGGAAUUACAUUUAAAAAAACAAUUGGAAAAGUAAACAGAAGUAUCUUUGGCAUAAAGGCGAAUACAACUUGAAAUAAUCUGUGAGAAGCUGGCAUUGUGCAGCAGUACGCUCACAGAAUUAGCCUUUGGGCUACAAGUGUUCCUCUUGUUGGACUGUGGGAGGCAGCAUGCGGUGGACUGGUACCCGACACACCAGCAUCCUGUGACGGCACGAUUGCUUAGUCUGAGUUUGGUUUCAUCAUCCCACUCGGAUUUCAUUAUCUUGAAAGCAAUCUUAGCUUCUCGGUCUCCACCGCCGGACAAAGGUUUUCUGAUGAUUUCCGAUCACCUGUCUCCUUUCAUAGAGAAUAAAAGUUGGAUUGUCAGCUUGUCCCUGCUGUUUUUACGCCGUCGGCUUAACCGCGUCCGUCCAGAGUUCAGUGCCUUCUCGCGAUUCCAGCUGAGCGUGGGCAGCGUCCUGGUGUGAGACGUAAGUGGGUUAGUGUGGAAGGUUUGUGAAAUGUCACACAAAGAACACCUUGAAAACUCCCAUCUUCCGUAACCGGUUCCCCGGUACAGGGUCACGGUGGGCCUGAAGCCUGUGUGAGGCAGGGGACUCUCUGGGUGGGGUGGCGGUCCAUCGCAAGGCACACUCACAUUAUAGACUAUUAAGAGAAGACAGUUCCCCUAAUUUGUGUCUUUGGAGAGGAGCGCAGACUAGCCAAUAGAAAGCUGUGCAAACAUUGGGAGAGCAUGCAAACUUCACACACAGAAGGGACUGAGACCUCCUUACCCUGCAGUUGUGAAACACUGCUUCAGUACCCUUUUUAUUGUUACAUUUAUCAGAUAUCCCAUGCAUUCGUGGUACAAGCAGGUGUGCAUAUGAUUAAGAAUCGUUUAAAUGUGCCCACUGGGCAUUCAGGGAUGGAUGCUUUCUCCCAGUGUAGUCCCAGUUAAGUCACUGGUUUUGAGUUAUGAGGUUUUUCAGGCUGGCCCCAGAGGCCGAAUCAGAUUAGCUACAUCCAUCGGAGUCGGUUCCAUUUAUUUCCACGUGUUCGAACGUUGAACUGAAUAACAGCUGUGGUCUAGUUUAUUUUUCCAAUACAGCUGGUUUAUAAGACCACGUCAGAAGCCUGCUUUGGGGACGUACAUGAGUGUGUAAAUCUGUGGCUUAUCCAAUAAGAAGCCUUCAGAUUCCCCUGGUGUCCCGGUAACUAAUAGUAAUAGUAAUAGUAAUGGGAGAUUAUGGUGCCCUCAUUCAAUUGCUGUCACAUCUGCCUUCCCAUGUGACCCCCACGGGGGCGUGGUGAUGGGGGGAGAUAGCCAAUCACAGCGAGGAAUGCGUCACCGCAGGUGGUCACAGCGCGACUGAUAGGCAACAUCUGGUAAACUGGAAUACUGUACUGACACAAAUACAUAAUUAUCUUGCCAUUUUUAACAUGUUUUUUAAUAUCAUUUAUUAAUGUGAUCAUCAUCAGUGUUAUAUAUUAUAAUAGUUAUAUGUAUUGCUUGACUAAUUAUGAAUAUAAAUGUUAAUUCUUUAUUGCGAUUCCAGUUGCUACGUUAAAAGAAGACCAUGGAUGGAUUUUAAACUAUUUUGUGUAUUUUACUGUUUGAUUAAUGCAGUAAGUUGUCAUUAUUUCAUGAUCUACUUCCACCUGAUAAAAUAAACUCCGUCAAAUGGA